GGAUGCAGUGGGCAGUGGACGAGCGACGCGUCACGCUGCCCGGCCACUACGUCCUACAAUGGUGGAAGAGCUACCUGCUGUCCGCCAGCGCCUGCUCCAUGUAAGGGCCUUGUGGGUAGCAGCAGAGGGGCGAGCGGCGGCAGUGGCGACGGCGACGGCGGCGGAAUAUGCACAAGCUAACUAAGGGCCUCAAGAAGACCAAGAAGAAGAAGAAGGGCAAGAAGAAGGGCCGCGAGGAGGAACUCUUCGACGCCGCCGAGCUCGAGGAGUACCGCCGCACCCACCAGCAGCAGCAGCAGCAGGAGGACGGCGCUCCGGAUCAGGAGGACCAGGGCGCCGAAGCGGACGAGUGGCGGCAGUUCAAGGCGCUGACCGCCGGCGUCGACACCGUCCUCCGCAAGACCCAGGACGAUCUCGACCGCAUCCGCUCUACCAGUUACUUCCAGCGCAAGAAGCCCGAGUCCGAGGCCAAGCAGAAGGACAAGGGCGAGGACGAACAGCCGUCCAAGAAGCCUGAGGGCGGCGCCAAGAAGUGGGUCGGCUUUGAGGAAGGAGCAGGUGGCCCCGACCCAGAAGAAGCCAGUGCUGAGCCCACAGCAGCCCCCGCUGCCACUGGUGAAGCCUCAGGUGCAGCUUCCGCUGCCCCCAAGGACCUCCUAACCGCGCCCGAAACAGGGGACCUUCUCGAGGAGUCGGCCGCCGAGGAAUCUUCUGAAGAAGAGGAGGAGGAAGAGGACGACGAUGGGCUGUUCGACACGUCCUACGUGGACGCUGUCACCAGCGGAGAGGUGAAGCUCGCCUACAUCCCAGACAGCCCGGAGCUAGAGGUAUCCGGAGGCGCCGACGACCCGUUUGACACUUCCUACGUGGAGAGCAUCGCCAAGCAGGCCGAGGAGGAUCUCAAAAAGAGGCCGGCGGUCGUGCUCGACUCGGCGGUGGUGAAGGUCCUCGCGGGCAGAGCGCCGCCAGCCAGCAGCGCCCUAAAGCGGCCCUCGCCCUCCCCCAAGCGCCAGCCGCGCGCCGCAGACGUCGACCUCCUGCUCGCCAGCUUCGACGAGAACGGAAACGCCCCCGCCGCCGCCUCAGAGGGCGCCCCAGUCGAGCCCGCCCCCAAGUCGCUGCUCGACGACCUCGACGACGUCCCCGCGCCCCACACAGCCCCCGCGCCACAGACGCAGCCGUCACCGUCGCCACAUCCCCUGCUGAUCGACGCCCUCGGGGCGUCCGCUUCCCCCAGUCCCCUACCGACCACCGCGCCAGACCACGACCACGACAAGGCAGCAGCAGACGACCACCAACCCGGAAGUGACCUGCGCGACCUGGUCGCCGAGUUUGACCUCAUCUCAGCGCCCGACUCCACUGGGGUCCUUACCACACCAGCCGCUCUUUCUGAGCCCAGCGUCAAAGUACAGGUUGUAGAUUUCCCCGACGGCCAGGACGAGGAGGAGGAGGACCUCGACGACGAGUUCGCGGCCCUCGCCAAAGAGUCGGUCUCGCGGAAGGCGUCCUACCAGCCGCCGGCGGACGGCGCCGACCAGGACCAGCAGCUAGACCUCGACCUCGGCCUCGGCCUCGAGCGCGACCCGUUCGACACCAGCGUCGCUGCGGCGGUGCUCGGCGAGCAGACCGCGCACGACUCGUUCGACAGCGAGGUCGCCGGGCUCACAGACCAGCCGCCCGCGCUCCCCCAGUCGCAAACUCAGGGCCGCAAGCCGCGCGCCUUCCCCAUCUCGCCAGACGUCGACAUCGUCCUCGCCAGCGACAGCCCCAGCUCCUGGGCCGCCUUCGACGACGACGCCGAAGAACCUACCACCAAAGAGAGCAAGCCGGCCAGACCGCCGCCCCCAUCCGCCGCCCCCGCACGCGGCCAGCAGGAGACGUUCCACGAGAGUGAGCUCCGAGCACUCGCCGAGGACUUGGUGGCGCCCGACCCGUUCGACACCUCGUUCGCUGAGGGAAUCCUUCCCGGCAGCUCAGACCUCCGCGUGCUCGAGGAGCAGCUGCUGCAGGGCAACCAGGACACCUUGGUGCUCUCCAGCGUCAGCAUACACGUCACAGACCCGGCGGGCGAGAAGCUCGACCACUCACCGGGCGAGGAGGAACUGAACUCCCUGACGCCCGGUCACCGGGACCUGCUGGGUGGCAGCACCACAGACCUCUCCAAGCUCGGCCACGACCCGAUCGAGCCGGCGGCCGGCGCCGCAGACGAGGCGGAGGAAGUCAGCCGCUUCGCGGAGGACCCGUUCGACACCUCCGUGGUAGAGCGUGUCGCAGCACCGGGCAAGGCGGAGCUGCGCUACCUGGAGGAGGAGCUGCUGGGAGGCGUCACCGCCGCCCCCGAGCGCCGCCUCAGCGACCCCGACUUCGACCCCAGGGCGGCCGAGGACGAAGCGCAGCAGCAAGCCACCGCCGUAGUCAAAGAGGUGGUGGUAGAAGCGGAGGCCGCAGUCCAGAAGCGGCCUGACCUGCUGGGAGCGGCCACCAAGGUCGUCUCGUUCGACCUGCCCACGCCCUCUGAGCGGCCGGACCUCCUGGCCGUCGAGGAAGACAAGGCGCCCAUCGCCAAACCACUUACCCCCUACUACCCGGAGCCCAAGACCAUCCUAGACGACAUCGCGAGAAUCGCAGACCCGUUCGACACAUCGUUCGCAGAAAACAUCGCGCCCGGCCGUGCGGAGCUGCGCCUGCUGGAGAACGAGUUACUGGAAGAGGGACAACAAGCACCACAGCAGCCGACGCUGCGGCACAGCCUCUCAGACCCGGACUUCGACCCCAGGGGGGAGGAGAAGGCAGAGGCGGGCCAGCAGCAGCCAGGAGGAGAGCAGAGCAGUCCAGAGCCGGUGACCGCCGCGGCAGGAGCAGCUGGAAGGCGCCGCUCUGAGCUGGUAACUCCAGCACCACCUCCAGCGGACUCUGCCCUCCGCAGACGCUUCUCUGACGUCACAGGAGACCGCGGCCCCAGGGCCAGGGCUCUCCAGCCACCCGACAGCCUCCCCUUGGCUCUCUCUCCCAUACAGGGAUCGCGGCCAGACCUCUUGCUCGUCGAGGAAGAGGACGCAGCAGCAACAGCCAAGCCACUGACGCCAAUAUCCAGAGGAGGUCAACCAGCACUCCCGGUGUCAGACGACCCGUUCGACACUUCAGCAGUCGCUGGCAACUUGCUGCCUGGGAAGGCCGAGCUCAAGGUGCUCGAGAGCGAGCUCAUCGGCGGACCUCUGAAGCGCAGCUACACCGACCCCGACUUCGACCCCAGGGCCAGUGAUCCAAAGGAGGACGCGGACCGGCCCGAGCAACCCCAGGAGGCUCACCCAGACCAGCGACCCGGCACACCCGACAGGCCCGACCUGCUGAACCUGCCACCUGCCGAGUCCCAGCUCGCCCACAAGCCGCUCACGCCGACAGACUCCCUCCCAGAAUCCGCCGCGCCACCCAUCGACGGCUGCGACGUUGACGACCCCUUCGACACCUCAAUUGUCGACGGUCUGGUGGCCCCGGGCCGCGCCGAGCUCAGAGCGCUGGAAUCUGAACUCAUCGGGGCUCAUCUUGGUCUAGCAGACUCACCAGUUCCUCCUAAGUCGCCAGCCAUGGAUUUCGAGACGGCCAGCAAGGGUGGCAACCCGUUCCUGAUGGACGACUUCCCGACGGCGUCAUCCGCGAGCGACCCACUGGGCAGCGGCGGCAUCUUCGGCACGACCACGACCGCGCCCACCAGCACGUCGUCCAACCCAUUCCUCAGCGACUUCGACUUCUCGGCAGCGGGGUCGGAGCAGGCGCCGCCGACCACGGCUGCCGCCGGCCCCGCGGGGGACAACCCGUUCCUCAGCGGCGACACCGCCGUCUCGUCGCCCUUCCUGCUGGACGACGCGCCCAGCGGGGGCAGUGGCGCCAUAUCCUCCACCAACCCCUUCGCACAGUUCAGCUCUGCUGCCACUGGAGGAGGUGACAUCAACCACCUGGACUUCUUCUCGUCGGUGGCUGUGACGACGGCGCCGUCCUCCGCGUCGGCGGGGGCCGACUCGUUCGGCUCUGGCGCCGGCAGCGACUACAGCCGCCUGUUCGCGGCUGCAGAGCCCGCCUCCGCAGUCACCACGUCCGCCGCCAGCGCCCUCGACUUCUUCGGGGGCAGCGCGGAGCCGGCGCCUGUCGCGCAGCCGCAGCAGUACCAGCCGCCUCCCAGGCCGGCGCCGCCCCCGGUCGCCGCCCUCCACCAGCCUCCGGCGGCGGACCUCCUGGCGGACGAUGCGGGCGACUUCUGCAAGGAGACGUCCGACAUCUUCGCGAACGCAGACGUGGACGGCGCCAGCUGCCCGCCCGCGCCCUCCUCGCGGACGAGCACGCCCGGCGGCGGCAGGGCUCCCAGGCGGCCCCCGCCCCCGCGUCCACAGCCGCCCAAGGAGACCAAGGACCUCAUCCUCAGCGUGACCGGCGCCAUGGAGGCCACGUCCUCGCACCUGCUAGACAGCAGAGACUCUUGCCUGCAGACGAACCAGGCGCCAGCGCGGCCCAGCACUUCGGACAUCCUGGGUCUGUUCGACGCCGCCCCAGCCACCACUGCCGCCAACGUCGACGUGAUGAUGCAGCAGCAGCAGCAGCAGCAGCAGCCACCCAGGCAGCCUUCCGGGGGCGCAUCGCCCGUAGCAGCAGACCUGCUGCUGGGCGAUGCCUUUGGGGAGCCGAUGACGUCGGCCCAAGAACUUCAGCAGCAGCAGCAGGACACGUCUGCCGUGAUGGACUUCACGGGCGUCCACACGGGGCCCGCGGCUGCAGAGAGCGACCACCCAGUGGCGGAUUUCGACUUCCUUGGAGGACCGGCUCCAGGGAAGCUGUCCCCCGAGCCCCCGGCGGCGGCGCCGGCGCCGGCUGCUGCUGCUGGUGGGGGCGGCGACCAGUGGGGUGGGGGCGGAGACGACAUGCUGGGGGGUGCGGUGGCGGACCGGCAGCCGUCAGCGCCGCAGCAGCCGCAGGCCUACAACCCGGGCUCGCCCUUCGCCGCAGACACGGCGGCGGCGGCAGCAGCAGCGGCGGACGACUUCGACGCCUUCACAGCCAAGUUCGAGAGCGCCGGCGCCGCCCAGCAGCCGGACACCGUGCUGGUGCAGGUGGGCGGCGGGGGCGGCGGGGGCGGCGGUGCCGCCGAGGACCCCUUCGACCCCUUCGGAAGUGGCGGCGGCGGCGGCGGCGGGAUGGGGGUCACUGCAAUGGACACCAGUGCUGAUGACGUGUGGGGCGACAGCGGGGCCGGCGGAGGUGGCGCCAGUGCCGGCGGCGACGCCUCGGGGGCGGGAUUCGGCGCGGAGGACAGCUUCGACGCGUUCCUCUCGCUCAGUGAGCCGCCGCCACCGCCUCAGGGCACGCCCGCGCGCUUCAACAGGACCGGCUCGGCUGACAGCGACGACGCUCCAGACUUCUCCAUCUUCAUCAGGCCUAAGGGUGCAGAGUCAAACGAGGUGGCUCCGCAGCUGGCCCCGCCCCCCAAGAGCCCGCUGCCCGCCCCUUCGGCGGCAGAACCGUCGCGCUUCAACCCGUUCGACAAGAGCAGCGAGGACGCUGGCGUCGCCGUCGCCGCCACCGCCGUCGCCGCACCUGGUGGGGAGCCUGCCCUGCCGCAAGGGGCAGAGGUGCCGGACGGGAUGCUGCAGCGCACGGACUCCCAAGAGACGCCGCCGACGCCACUGUUCGACGAGGACGUGUCGCAGCCGCUGGAGCCCUUCCCCAGGACCACCUACCAGGGCGACGGCUGGGAGAUGCACCUCCGUCAGCCCAACAAGAAGAAGAUCACCGGCCAGAGGUUCUGGAAGAAAGUGUUCGUGCGGCUGGUGUACCAGGGCGACAGCCCGGUGCUGCAGCUGUUCAACACAAAGGACGACAAGGAUCCAUUCCAGGAGCUGCCGCUGCAGCCCUGCUACUCCGUGUCCGACGUGGGGGCGCAGCAGUUCGACCAGUACGGCAAGAUCUUCACGGUGAAGCUGCAGUAUGUCUUCUACAAGGAGCGGCCGGGCGUUCGGCCGGGCCAGGUGACCAAGGCGGAGCGGCUGACCACGCGCAUCAGCCAGUUCGCGCACCACGCCAUCCAGGGCGACUACCAGGGCUGCAAGGAGUUCGGCAGCGACCUGCGCAAGCUGGGACUCCCCGUCGAGCAUGCGCCGCAGAUAUCGCAGCUGUUCAAGAUCGGCUGCCAGAACUACGAGGACAUCAAGCAGUUCGGCGUGUGCGUGGAGGAGGCGCUGUUCCGGCUGUCGGCGCACCGCGACCGCGCGCUCAACUACAAGACGGAGGAGGUGCAGAUCACCGCCGUCGACGAGCUGUACGUCGAGCAGGACGCACACGGGCACAUAGACAAGCAGAUAGCGCGCGUGCGACUCUUCUUCCUCGGCUUCCUCGCCGGCAUGCCAGAUGUGGAGCUGGGAGUGAAUGACCUCUGGCGGCAGGGAAAGGAGGUGGUGGGUCGGCACGACAUCAUCCCCGUCAUCACAGAGGAGUGGAUCCGCCUGGAGAGUGUCGAGUUCCACAGCUGCGUCCAACAGGACGAGUACGAGAAGUCGCGCAUCAUCAAGUUUAAACCUCCUGACGCAUGCUACAUCGAGCUGAUGAGGUUCCGGGUGCGACCUCCACGAAACAGGGAACUGCCUCUACAAGUCAAGGCCGUCAUAUGUGUCACUGGAAACAAGGUUGAGAUAAAGUCAGAGAUUCUGGUUCCUGGCUUCUCGAGCCGUAAAUUGGGCCAGAUUCCAUGUGAAGACAUUAUGGUGCGCUUCCCCAUCCCAGAGUGCUGGAUCUACCUGUUCCGUGUUGAGAAGCACUUCCGGUAUGGUUCUGUCAAGUCGGCCCACAGGAGGACGGGCAAGGUGAAAGGCAUCGAGCGAAUCUUGGGAGCCAUGGAGACGCUGGAACCAUCACUGAUAGAGGUGACGUCGGGACAAGCCAAAUAUGAGCACCAGCACCGCUCCAUCGUGUGGAGGAUGGCGCGCCUGCCCAAGGAGGGUCAGGGUGCAUACACGACACACUCGUUCGUGUGCCGUUUGGGGCUGACAUCGUAUGACCAGAUCCCAGAGCAGCUGGCAGAGUACUGCUAUGUGGAGUUCACCAUGCCUGCCACGCAGGUGUCCCACACGACGGUGCGGUCCGUAUCUCUCUGCAACGGUGCCAAGGAUGAUCCCCCAGAGAAGUACGUGCGCUACCUCGCCCGACACGAAUACAGGGUGGGUAUCGAGCAUACACAGGGUGAAGGCCCAGGGGCAUAUGUGGCAGCCACAAUCACGACUACCAAGCCUCCACCAGCAGAGUUGGAGACACUCGAAGAAAAGGAAGCUGCACCAGCUGCCGACUCGGAUUCAGACUCAUCUAGUUAACCUCGUGAUCAAAUGAUGCAGUAAGGUAAGUGCUCACAGUUCACCUGUGGAUUAUACCGGACUGGUUGGUGCUUUGAGUCACACCACUCACUAUACGGACAAUACAAACAGUUAUAUACAUGUAAGUUUAUGUGUUGCUGAUGAGAGGAAAACAUUGUUGUAUUUAAUAACGUAGAGAUAGAAAACAGUAUCAUUAAUGACGUAAAUUAAUGUCGUGUUUAUAUGGAUUAGAUGUUUAUUUUUGUUGACUUUGUCAGAGGAUUAUUUUUAUUUCAUGAUAUUUAUUCAGUUAUUCAACAGCACCUCACUGAAGCCACUGACUAUAUUGCCUCAAGAGCCAGAGUGGGGGAGAUGUUUGCAUAACUUUAGACUCAGCUGAUAAUAAGUGUUUCCACAUACAAGAGCUGCGUCACUUGUUAAUCUGAUGUUUAACAAUUACUCAAUGCAUAAUUUGUACAGGACAAUAUAAAUAGCUGUAUGUUUUUGAUGUUAAAUGGUACAUGCAUGUAAUGUAUUGAACAUAUUUAAAUUUUAAAGUCCUUCAGACUGUAACAUAUGUAAUGAACUUGUGAUUUAUUUCUGAAUGAUGGUUCCCAUCAUUUACCUGAGGCACAACAAUGCAAGAGGCAAAUAUAUUAGUAGCAAUGUACAGUCACAUGAACCAGACAUCCUAGGAUACACUGUUCUCACGUGACUGCAAACAUUAAUAGAAUACUUUAAGAUAAGUUGAAGUUUAUUUCUUAGAGUUGCAAAGGGGCACAGAAGAGAAAUCUCGUGCCAGUGUAUGUAGUAAUACUUAUACAUAAUCAUGUAAUUAUGAAUGUACAUGUAUUGAUUGUUAUUGAUGUCUUUUCUUUCUAUGCUUUACCAUGACUAAGUGCUCAAAUAAUCUGAUCUCAAUGUGAGAUAUAACAAUGUACAAUAUUCCCUUUCAGUUUGUGUGUAUGAGAGUUGUUUAAUGUGGAAAAGUUGAAAUUACUUGUUACUAAAUAUUGAAUGGUUACCAGAUUUCAAAGUUUAAUGUUAGCCUAUCCUUUUCUAACACACGCUUUACUAAAUGUAUAGUAGAAGGCACAGCUCUCUCCUCUAAAACAUACAAAAUACAAAACAAGGAAAUUACACGUGUCUAUCUCAUAACGGUUAUGUUGAUUCAACUCAGGGUAAAUUUUUUUCUUCACCA